AUGACGACCACAACUUCGACUCCACCGAGUUCAGUAGCAUCUUCAAUAUCGUCAUUUGAUCCACAAUUACUUAAACUUCUUGCACGUCAUCAUCAUUUUAAUCAACAACCAAGUGCAAAAGAAUUUCUUCAACAUGCUUUUUAUUUUAAUCAUCCACCACCAAAUACUGUAGCUACAAUAACACCUCGCCAUCAUCUUAGUAAUGGAUUAUCAAAAUUAAAUACAGAAAAUUCAACAUCAAAUAAAUUAUUAUCACCAUCAUCAUCAACAACAACAACAAAUAAUGGAAAAGUUGAUCAACAACAAAUAACAUCACCAACUAAUAAUCAAAUAAAAAAACCAACAACUCAACAACAACAACAAACUAAAGAUGUUCUUGCUUUUGAUCAGUGGCUUCAACCACCACUUGGUUCUAUUAUACAAGGUCCGCCAUGUGUUCAAGCUGACACAUCAUCGUCAUCAUCAUCAUCGUCGAGUUCAUCUGCGACAGCAGGUCUUAAAAGUGAAACAACAUUAUCAUCAGGUGAACGUAUAACAUGUUUUAUAGUUGGUGGUGAAAAGCGUUUAUGUUUACCAGAAAUUUUAAAUACUGUUUUAAAAGAUUUUUCCUUACAAGAAAUAAAUGCUGCAUGCGAAAGAUUACAUAUUUAUUGUUCGCGUUGCACUAAUGAACAACUUGAUAUACUUAAAAAGACUCAAGUUUUACCAAUGAAUGCUCCAUCAUGUGGUUUAAUAACCCAAACAGAUGCUGAACGUCUUUGUGCUAGUUUAUUACAAUUACGUUAUAAAGGACAAUUACGUACAGUGAAUUCAAUAACAACAAAUCAAUAUGAACGUUUAUAUUCAAUAAAAGUUCAACAUAAAUGUUUUGGUAAAUGUUCAGGAACAUUAUAUCCAACAUUAUAUGUUGCACCACAAGCUGAAUGUAUACAAUGUGAUACAUGUCAAGCAUUAUUUUCUCCCAAAACGUUUGUUUCACAUGGACAUAAAUCUGAAGAAAAUCGUAUUUGUCAUUGGGGAUUUAAUUCUGAUAAUUGGCGUGCUUAUUUAAAAAUCCGUUCAACUGAAAAUAAUAAAGCACAUGAAGAAUUAGAAUUAUUUAAAGAAAAAUUUUUAAAUACAAAUAAUAAUAUUAAUCAAAAGAAACGUUUACCACAACAAUCAGAUUGUUUAUUAUCAGCAGAAAAACGUACAAAAUUAGUUCCAUCAUCUUCAACUGACACAUGGUCAUAUCCAUAUAAUCAAUCAAAUUUUGCAUCAAUGAAAAAAGAUAAUCAUUACGGUGAUUAUUCAUUUGGUGCAUGUUUACCACGGCCAACAUUAAUACCUCCACCAUUACCUUUAGCAGUACCACUUGAAGCAGCAGCAGCAACAACAACAUCGAACAGUUGCACUCGGCCAUCACCAUUGCGUAUUGUUCGUUCGAAUUCUCCGACAUUAAAUGAGCCAACAAAUCCGUCCAUUACCAAUUUUAAUGAUUUUUCACCAGAUGGUAUUCGACAAAUCGUAGAAACAACAGUAUCAUCUCCACGAGCUCGUCAACAACUAAUAACAUAUAUAUCUCAAUUACAGUUACAUGCUUAUACACAAUCAACAAAAACCAAUUCAGUUAUUGCUGCGGCUGCACAGCAACAAAAUGAAACAAUUUUAUUACGUCGUGAAAAUGAAUUACUUCGUGAACGUUUAUCAAAAUUAGAAGCUGCACAAAUAUCAUCAAAUUCAAGUACAAUAAGUAAUGGAAGUAAAUUUUCAUCAAAUGAUAAUAAUCAUCAACAAGAUAGUAUUGUUGGUGAUUCUGAUGAUCUUGAUUCAAAUGUAUCAUUACAUAGUACAUCAUCUAUAGUUGCUCAUGAUACAACAAUUGAACAACCAAAAUAUUUUGAUCGUAAACGUCGUUUAUUAGCAGCUGAACAACAAAUUUCAACAUCAGAAAAUGAUACAUUAAUAAUAAAAAAAUCCAGUCCACAUAAAAAAGCUUGUUUAGAUGAUAUUGUUGAUUCAUUAAAUCAAAAAGCACAAGCUGAAAGAGACGAAGAAGAUGAACCAGAAGAGGGUGAAAUUGAAGAUCAUCAAUUAAAACAAGAACAAAAUAAUAAUAAUAAUAAUGAUGAUGAUGAAGAACUAGUUGUAGAAACAAAUCAUAAUUUAACACCACCAUCAACAACAACAGAACGCGAAGACGAAGAUGAAGAUAUUGAUAUUGAUGAUGCUAAACUGACUGUUGAUGAUGAUCAUUAA